AAUGAUUCUAAUUGUUGGGGUCACAUGUGAGAUGAGUGAAUGCAAAGGUCAACUGCUUAUGUUGUCAGCUAUAUAAUCAUUCGUUUUGAGGACACAACUCUCUGUUAUCCUCUGUGCCAGAACGAAGUCUAACCUGCCAGUUCAAGUCUGUGAAAAAAAUGAAAGCUGUGAUUGCAUUAGUGGCUCUGGUCAGUCUUGGCUGUGUUGUGGCCCAAGACUUGCCCACACCAGCUACAUCGUGUGAACACAACGGCGUGACUUAUGCCAUCGGAGAAAGUGUUCCCUAUGACAGCUGUAACAACUGUAGAUGCUCUCCAUAUGGUUUGAUAUGCACAAUGAUGUUAUGUCCAGAAGACUAUGGUAGAUGUUAUGUUCGAGGGCAGUGGUAUGAAAGCGGAACCAGAGUACCAGCUCCUGAUGGCUGCAACACUUGCCUGUGUUAUAAUGGAGAAUUAACUGUCUGUACUUUGAUGGGAUGUCUGAACACUGAUGAGAUGCCCUUAAAUGAAAAAUAAAAUUAUAAUGAAACGAAUAAUUUCAUGUAAACAUUUAAAAAAUUGAUAAAAAAAAACCACACCACCUACAAUAUAUUGUCUCU